AUGUGAACAUGGCCUCAAUAUGGAAAAGUGAAUGCCUUUGUUUGAUGUUGGUGGGCUUAAAAGGGGACUUCAGAAGAGAGUAUGUCAUAACUGACAGAAGCAGCCAGACACGAUGAAGCUGGCCUGCGCUCUCCUUCUGCUCAGCAUCAGUUGUCUCCUGAUGGACACGACAUCAGCCCAAGUUAAUAAGGUGGGCAGCUGUUGCCGUAAAACCUUCAGUAUGCGGAUCCCUCUACGCAUGCUGGGUUCCUACUACGUUCAGGACAUCGCCAUGUGCCCCAUCAAAGCAGUGGUUUUUGUUACAGUGAAAGAUAAAAGACUGUGCUUAGACCCCAAGGAACUCUGGGUCAAGACCGCUAUAGACUACCUGGACAAAAAGAACACCUCUCAAACACGCCAAAACUGAAAAAUCAACAACCCUUUCCAAAAGGCUAACACAAGGCCUUGUAAAGCAACACACACAAUCCUCAGGACUCCAACGAGCAGGAACACUGACACUGAAUAUUUGAAUGUAUGACAAGUAUGCCUUUACUAUAUACUAAUAUUAUUAGAUUAUGUGUACAUUUUUCCUUGACUGUGAAUGUGGCCCAUUAUUGUGGCUCACCUUGAUUUAUGGAUGCUAUUAUACUGUAUAUUUAUAUUUGUAAAUGUACAAAGUAAUGGCAGUUUGGCUGGGAAGGCUGUCCAUUGCUAUUCUCAAUAAAACUUUGUGCAGUAAGAAAGAAUGUGUUUAGAAACGAUCACCAAUACGAAUAUUUCAAUCACUAAAUUGAAUUCACGUGUUGAGCUUGAGUGAAUCCAGCAGGUUUAUUCACAGAGGUUAUGUAGAGGGCAGUGGUAUAGAACAGAGAAACACAAGGGCUUUGGGGACAG